AUGGUCAACUGGACAGAUCCCCACACUCUGUUCCUCCAGACAGCAUCUCUGCAAAGAGUAACUUUGAUAUUCAGCGGGAUAUACUUCUACGAGUUUAUACUGUCUCUGCCAUAUGACUGGGAGGUUCUGAAGCGGAUCCGAGGACGGCCUACUGCCCUGGUCGGCAACACCCUGUACCUCGUCUGCCGAUACCUAGCCCUGAUGAAUGCUAUCUGCUCGUGCGUACUCACAAGCGGCAACACGACGAUCUCUUGCCAGGCGCUUCUGAGGGCAUAUUCGUUCUCCGCAGUCAUCGGGAUUGCGUGCGCUUCGUCCUUGCUCUUCGUGCGCGCUGGAAUCAUAUGGAGAUGGAACACAUGGAUCGUCGCACUGCUUUCCCCGUUCCUAGUAGCAAUCUUCGCUACAGGUAUUCGAACGGUCGUUCUGUUCUCUUCCACCUUCGAUCCAAAUAUAGGACAAUGCACGCUCAACAGCGCCAUUCAAGAUCGAGCCAUCUCUAUCUCCGUCUUCUGCGGAGAUCUCACUCUACUCACCUUCAUCCUCAUAGGCCUCCAAAGAGGCUGGGGAGGAACGUAUAAGUUCCCCUUGUGGUCCAUUCUUUGGAAUCAAGGGUUAUUAUACUUCGUGCUUGCUGUUAUGGUGGAAGUCCCGUUGAUGGUCUUCCUUCUACUGAACCUCAACGAGAUUAUGAACGCGAUCUUUGUGGUGCCCGCAGGCAAGUUCUCCCGUUCGAACAUUGCUACCAUUGCUCAUCCUGAACCGAUCGCUGUACCCCUAGUCGUGAUGAUGGCUAUCGGAUCGACGCGUUUUCACCGCGACUUGACCCAGUACACCAGCGGCAGAAUCGCCUGGACGAUGAGAAUGCCUGUCCACCGGACCAAAUUGUUGGAACGUGACACAUUCGAGUUGGGGGAGAUAUCUCCCGCGCCUGUGCCAGGUAUGAACGAAGCUUCGGGAAGGAUAGUGAUAAUCUCGUGA